AUGACGUGCCGUGCUGCGCAGGCGCCAUUUUGCCUUCUUUAACUUUGAUUUUGCUUUUUAUUGAGGUAGUUCAAUGUGUGUUUUUUAACGUUUUAUUCUUUGUGAACCGUAUAUUUUAUAUGAAAAAAAGAGUUUAGUUGAAAACGAAAAGGAAAAGAGCUCCGAUUUUAAACGAAACCAAAACAGACGUGUGAUAGGUUCACAAAGGCGAGUCGAGGCCUAGAUUCUGCACGGCGGAAAGGCCUGCCUGUCUCCCGGAUACGAUUGCAUUACUCGGGAAGAAGAAAAGAAAAAAAUAGCAUAGGGGGAGUUGCAUGCAGUUCAUGUAAGAUAUCGGUAUUGGCUGUUUAUCCUAAAAUAACAUUAUUUUAGCCCGUCGUUGUUGAAGUACGUCUGCAGUAUGUCGGUUGUGCCUCCUAAUCGCUCCCAAACUGGCUGGCCCCGUGGAGUAAAUCAGUUCGGGAACAAAUACUUGCAGCAGAUCAAGCCACUAACCCUGGAGAGGACCAUCAACCUGUAUCCACUAACAAAUUACACAUUUGGAACAAAAGAACCCCUUUAUGAAAAAGACAGUUCAGUUGCUGCACGGUUUCAGCGAAUGAGAGAAGAGUUUGACAAGAUUGGGAUGAGAAGAACCGUGGAAGGAGUUCUGAUUGUUCAUGAGCACAGGCUUCCCCAUGUUCUUUUGUUACAACUUGGUACCACAUUUUUUAAACUACCUGGUGGAGAAUUAAACCCAGGAGAAGACGAAGUUGAAGGGCUAAAACGUCUUAUGACAGAGAUUCUUGGACGUCAAGAUGGUGUACUACAGGAUUGGGUUAUUGAUGACUGUAUAGGAAACUGGUGGAGACCAAAUUUUGAACCACCACAGUAUCCAUAUAUUCCUGCUCACAUUACUAAACCUAAGGAACACAAGAAGCUUUUCCUUGUGCAAUUACAAGAAAAAGCUCUCUUUGCUGUUCCAAAAAAUUAUAAGUUGGUUGCGGCGCCAUUAUUUGAGUUGUAUGACAAUGCUCCAGGUUAUGGACCCAUAAUCUCCAGUUUACCGCAGUUACUUAGCAGGUUCAAUUUUAUUUAUAACUGAUUAUUACAGAUUCUGAUGUUGGCAAGGUGGUUGGCCAACACCGUCUCUGUGAGCACGGUGCUGGAAAAGAAUGUGAAGAUUUGUUUAAAGACUUCCUUGGAGAAAGAACUUUUUUUUUUGCUUAUGUUUUGUUAAAGUGUAAAGAAGUGUCUUUACGAGUGAACUGUUUUAAGUAAUGGAGUGUUGAGGCUGUAUGUUAAACAUUUUUAUUUUUCAAUAUAGUUUCCACUUUUGUACUUCAUUAAAACUGGUGUUCAGUGUC